UUCUGAUAUUCUGAAUUCUCAUCUCAUGUUAUUUUAUUUUUAUUGAUUUGAUUUUAUUCUUCCUUGGGCUGGGGCGCUUGGGUUUUGCGUUUGGGCCAGUUUGGGGUUGUUAAAUUGUUAUUGGAAUUUGUAAUACAUAGAAUUAAGCGUAAUUAAAUGGAAGUAAAACAAGAAAUUAGUGAGGAAACCUAUAAAAUAGAAAUAGACUAUAAUCACUUGGAUGAUGCUCUUUUGGUGGAUGGCAUUAAAUGUGAAAUUCAGGAGGAAUCCCAUAGGGAAGGUACUCAUGACACACAUGGUUCGUUAGACUUAAAGAAAUUUCCCAUAAAGACUGAAAUAGAACAACAUGGAAAUAUCCUUAACCAAUUUGAAGAAAGCGAAAACACUGAAAAAGAUUAUCUCGAAGGGAACAAGAUGGAAAUUAAAGAUACAGUAACUGAACAUUCAUCUAACGAAGAAAAUUCUAUGAAUCCACAUGCUGAAGGACAAUCAUUAAAUGAAAAUAUAAAAGUUGUGACUGGAGAAAAACCUCACAAGUGUGAAAUUUGUUUUAAGCAAUUUAUUCUAGCAAGUGUGUUGAAAAAGCAUUUGAGAGUGGACACUGGGCAAAAACCUCAUAAGUGUGAAAUUUGUUUUAAGCAAUUUAGUAAGGCAAGUAAUUUAAAAACACAUUUGAGAUUGCACACUGGAGAAACACCUUAUCAGUGUGAAAUUUGUUUAAAUAGGUUUGCUCGAAAAGGUCAAUUAACUGGUCACAUGAGAGUUCACACUGGAGAAAAAGCUCACAAGUGUGAGGUUUGUUUUAACAAAUUUAGCGAAGCAGGUAAUUUGAAACGACAUUUAAGAACACAUAUUAGAGAAAAACCUCACAAGUGUGAAAUUUGUUUAAAUCAGUUUGCUCAAAAAAAUCAUUUAACUGAUCACAUGAGAGUUCACACUGGAGAAAAACCUCACAAGUGUGAAAUUUGUUUUAAGCAAUUUAGCGUAGCCAGUAAUUUGAAAACACAUUUGAGAGUUCACACUGGGCAAAAACCUCAUAAGUGUGAAAUUUGUUUUAAGCAAUUUAGUGAGGCAGGUAAUUUAAAAACACAUUUGAGAUUGCACACUGGAAAAACACCUUAUCAGUGUGAAAUUUGUUUAAAUAGGUUUGCUCGAAAAGGUCAAUUAACUGGUCACAUGAGAGUUCACACUGGAGAAAAACCUCACAAGUGUGAGGUUUGUUUUAACAAAUUUAGCGAAGCAGGUAAUUUGAAACGACAUUUAAGAACACAUAUUAGAGAAAAACCUCACAAGUGUGAAAUUUGUUUAAAUCAGUUUGCUCAAAAAAAUCAUUUAACUGAUCACAUGAGAGUUCACACUGGAGAAAAACCUCACAAGUGUGAAAUUUGUUUUAAGCAAUUUAGCGUAGCCAGUAAUUUAAAAACACAUUUGAGAGUUCACACUGGAGAAAAACCUCACAAGUGUGAAAUUUGUUUAAAACAAUUUAGUGUAUCAGGUUCUUUAAAAAAACACUUGAGGUUGCACACUGAAAAAACACCUUAUCAGUGUGAAAUCUGUUUAUGUCGGUUUGCCCAAAAAGUUCAAUUAACUUAUCACGUGGCAGUUCACACUGGAGAAAAACCUCACAAGUGUGAAAUUUGUUUUAAGCAAUUUAGCGUAGCCAGUAAUUUAAAAACACAUUUGAGAGUUCACACUGGAGAAAAACCUCACAAGUGUGAAAUUUGUUUAAAACAAUUUAGUGUAUCAGGUUCACUAAAAAAACACUUGAGGUUGCACACUGAAAAAACACCUUAUCAGUGUGAAAUCUGUUUAUGUCGGUUUGCCCAAAAAGUUCAAUUAACUUAUCACGUGGCAGUUCACACUGGAGAAAAACCUCACAAGUGUGAAAUUUGUUUUAAGCAAUUUAUUCUAGCAAGUGUGUUGAAAAAGCAUUUGAGAGUGCACACUGGGCAAAAACCUCAUAAGUGUGAAAUUUGUUUUAAGCAAUUUAGUGAGGAAAAUAAUUUAAAAACACAUUUGAGAUUGCACACUGGAGAAACACCUUAUCAGUGUGAAAUUUGUUUAAAUAGGUUUGCUCGAAAAGGUCAAUUAACUGGUCACAUGAGAGUUCACACUGGAGAAAAUCCUCACAAGUGUGAUGUUUGUUUUAAGAAAUUUAGCGAAGCAGGCAAUUUGAAACGACAUUUACGAAGACAUAUUAGAGAAAAACCUCACAAGUGUGAAAUUUGUUUAAAUCAGUUUGCUCAAAAAAAUCAUUUAACUGAUCACAUGAGAGUUCACACUGGAGAAAAACCUCACAAGUGUGAAAUUUGUUUUAAGCAAUUCAGCGUAGCCAGUAAUUUGAAAACACAUUUGAGAGUUCACACUGGAGAAAAACCUCACAAGUGUGAAAUUUGUUUAAAACAAUUUAGUGUAUCAGGUUCUUUAAAAAAACACUUGAGAUUGCACACUGAAGAAACACCUUAUUAGUUUGAAAUCUGUUUAUGUCGGUUUGCCCAAAAAGUUCAAUUAACUUCUCACAUGACAGUUACUGGAGAAAAACCUCACAAGUGUGAGGUUUGUUUUAAGCAAUUUAGCGAAGCACGCAAUUUGAAACGACAUUUAACACAUAUUAGAAAAAAACGUUGGAAGUGUUUGUUUUAACACAUUUUGUGUUUGGAGAAUGUGGAGAAUUUGUUUUAACACAUUUAGCGCCAGGUGUCCACCGGUGGACAUUUUCAAUGUUCCCUUUAAGACCGCGUCCAAAUGUCCACCCAUAGACAUUUGAUGUUGCUUGCUUUAAGUCACCGUUUAUAUUAUUUUGACUUAUGGUGAGGUAUUUAGUGGUCCCAGGAAACAACAAAAUUUUACGUGGACCGGUCAGAAUGAAUGUAUCGGUUGUGAUUUUUGACAAUACAAAAAACCUGAUAUAAUUUGUGUGUUUUUACAUCGUUUAUUACAAAAAUAGACUUAAUUCUACCCUAAUAUUAAUAAAAAGAAAUGAAAGAGAAAAAUAUUAAAAAGCAAAUAAUCUUAACGUAUUUGUAAUACAACAACAAAAAUAAUAAAAAUUAAAUUUCUAGAAAUGAGAUAUUGCUACGGUAUGUUUUUAAACCAAGAGGUUGUUGUAAUUUAUUCAACCUCAGACAUGUUUACUCCACUGUUUUCAAAUUUUGACACUAAUGACAUUUAUAAAAUGUUGACGCUAUUGGUAUUUCAUAGGUUCAUUAAGUUAUAUCAGCGAUUUUUUGUAUUUUCUGCGUGAUUACUUUAAUUUUUAGAUUUUUAGUCUGUUUUUAUAUAAAAAAAAACAGUUGUUUUUAGAACUCUUUAUCGACGUAGUAGUAUGAUAUAAAGUUUAUGGAUUACCGUCGAAGGCCGACAUGAUCAACCAAAAAAGAAGAUGUAGGUAUUUGGUGAUAUUUCUAGUGACUUUCUUGGAUGUGAAUGUCUUUAGUUUACUACUCUUGGUUUAAAAACAAAGCUUAGAUGCUUUUGAAAAUAUUCGAGGCACAUUGGCAGGUAGCACUUAUCGCAAUAUGUAUUAAUUCUUUUCGCAUUUUUACGAGCAUAAACUAGAUUUUGUCGCUGACACAUAUUCUUGUAACAUGGGUUGCACCUUUUUCUGGCAACCCUCUUUUGUCCAUCGUAUUCUUUCAAGAAGUGUUUUAUCCUGGAUGUGGAAGGGCUUUGAUUGUAUUGUAUUUAAAUAUUGAUAUACCAGAGCCUCGACGAUAUUUUCUUUUAAUUCUAUUAUAUCCAAUUUCUUGUUAUUAAUUUUCUUAUACAGAUGCAGAGCAUUUACCAUAGCUGUUAAAGGAACAAACUGUUAUAAACGAGUCGCUUAUACAACUUGACGGUUCUUCUCACGUAUGGUGUAUAAGAUGUCAUCUGAUCAGAAGUGUCGACAAAAGCUUUUUCUUUGUUGUAAUCUACAACCAUCCCUGGUUUAUGAACUUCUUGUCCUCUGCGAUUUACUGUGACCAUAGAAUCUUCAUGUUUGGUACUGAGCAUAUGAACAUCUCUUUUAUCUUUUCAUUUGCAGACAACUCUUUUAUUUUCGUUUUGUUGGGCCACGACUUCGCCAGUUUAGCUUUUACCACAUCUGUGGGAUUAUAUUUUUGUUUGUCCUUAGGGUUCCCACUAAGGAAAUCCGUGACCACUGGUGGGCAUAUUUGGUCCCACAAUGUAAAAUUACAACCUGUGACCACCGUGGACACGGUGGUCACGCGGCCACCACAACAAAACAAAGCUGAAAAGGAAAAAGUGUGGUUUAAAAUAUAAUAAUAAACAUUUCAAAAUCAGGUUUCUAGACAAAAAAGCAUUUUAAAUAUUUGGUCCCAGGGAGUGAAUAACCAAUUACAGCGUGGCGCUAAAUGUUUAAAGCAGUUUUCUGUGAAAAGUACAUUAAUUGAAAUCACAUUUUGAGAUUGCAUACCUAUAAAAAUUUCUCUUAAGUCAUUUGAUGCAGCAUAUGAUUUUAAAUAACAUACCAGAAGGCAAACUUGGACUAAAAUGGAGACUACACCUAACUAACUAGAAAUAUAUAUGUUGGUGUAGUAUUGUAUAAAUCAGAUUUUCAAAUUACAUAUUCCAAACCUUGUUUUAAGUCAGGUGCAAGGCUACUUUUGUAAUAUGUAAUAUAAUAUAUUUAUAUAA